AUGGUAGAAAAAAUCAUUGUUUCAAAUCCAGUUGCUAAUCUUUUAGGUGAUGAACAAACCAGAGUUAUUUGGGAUUUAAUUGAAAAGAAAUUAAUUUUUCCAUUUUUAGAUUUAAAAGUUGAAACCUAUGAUUUAGGAAUUGAGUAUCGUGAUAAAACCAAUGAUCAAGUUACAAUUGAUGCAGCCAAUGCAAUUAAGAGAUUAAAAGUUGGUAUUAAAUGUGCAACAAUUACACCAGACGAAGCACGUGUCACAGAGUUUGGAUUGAAGGAGAUGUGGAAAUCACCAAAUGGUACCAUUCGUAAUACAUUGGGUGGCACAUUAUUUAGAGAGCCAAUUGUUUGUAAGAAUGUCCCACGUUUGGUCACCUGUUGGAAUAAAUCUAUAGUUAUUGGUCGUCAUGCAUUUGGUGACCAAUACAGAGCCACUGAUUUCGUAGUAAAGGGAGCUGGCAAGUUGGAGUUAACCUACACACCAGCCGACGGCAGUGCACCACAAAAAUUCCAAGUCUUUGACUUCCCAUCCGAUGGUGGUGUAGCCUUGGGAAUGUAUAAUACCGACGCCUCAAUCAAAGAGUUUGCCUACGCCUGCUUCAACUUUAGUUUGGACAAAAAGUGGCCAUUAUAUCUCUCCACAAAGAACACAAUUCUCAAGAGAUACGACGGCCGUUUCAAAGACAUUUUCCAAGAGAUCUACGAAAGAGAGUACAAAGUUAAAUUCGACACUGCCGGUAUUUGGUAUGAGCAUAGACUCAUCGACGACAUGGUCGCCUAUGCUAUGAAGAGUGAGGGUGGCUUCGUUUGGGCUUGUAAAAACUAUGACGGUGAUGUUCAAUCAGAUGCCGUCGCCCAGGGUUAUGGUAGUUUGGGUCUCAUGACUUCAGUUUUACUCUCUGCCGACUCUUUAGUUGCUGAAGCCUCCCAUGGUACUGUCACUAGACAUUUCCGUGAACAUCAAAAAGGUAGAGAAACCAGUACCAAUUCAAUCGCUUCUAUCUUUGCUUGGACUCGUGGUCUUGAAUAUCGUGCUAAAUUAGAUAACAAUGAUAAAUUAUUAAAAUUCUGUCAUGCUCUUGAAGCUUCCUGUAUCGAUGCUGUUGAAUCUGGUUUCAUGACUAAAGAUUUAGCAAUUUGUGUUAAAGGUUCAGUUGAAAAUGUAAAACGUACAGACUACUUAAAUACUGAAGAAUAUAUUAAUAAGGUUGCCGAAUUACUUGUUAGCAAAUUAACUGCAUUGUAA